CAUUAGCCGAGAAAUCUAUUAUCUAUAUGAUGCUAUGACUGAAUCAUCUGAGUCCAGUACAUCCGAGUCAGAUGAUGAACCAUGGAAAGCUACCAGCUUUAAAAAACCUGGGAAUAAGAAGGUGAAAUCCAACAAUAAGAAGGUGAAACCUAGAAGGAAUCCAACCCGAGCUUGUAGAAAAAAUUAA